UUGCGGACCGGGCGCCAGCUCCUGUCAGUCGGUGGGUCGGUCCUCCCGCCGGCCCUCCCCCUCCGCGUCCUCCGGGGGAGGCGCGGCGGAGUCCGCCCCCGGGAUCCCCCCCGAUGGGGGAGAAGCGGCGACGGCGGCAGCGGAAUAACCGAGCCGGCGCGUGAGCGGCCCCGGGGCCCGGCUGCCCGCGGAGGCCAUGGGCGACCCAGCCCCCGCCCGCAGCCUGGACGACAUCGACCUGUCCGCCCUGCGGGACCCCGCUGGAAUCUUUGAACUGGUGGAGGUUGUGGGCAAUGGAACUUACGGGCAGGUGUACAAGGGUCGGCACGUCAAGACUGGGCAGCUGGCUGCCAUCAAGGUCAUGGACGUCACGGAGGAUGAGGAGGAGGAGAUCAAGCAGGAGAUCAACAUGCUAAAGAAGUACUCUCACCACCGCAACAUCGCCACCUACUACGGGGCCUUCAUAAAGAAGAGCCCCCCCGGAAACGACGACCAGCUCUGGCUGGUGAUGGAGUUCUGCGGCGCUGGCUCCGUGACAGACCUGGUGAAGAACACAAAAGGGAACGCCCUGAAGGAGGACUGUAUCGCCUACAUCUGCAGGGAGAUCCUCCGGGGCCUAGCCCAUCUCCACGCUCACAAGGUGAUCCAUCGAGACAUCAAGGGGCAGAAUGUGCUGCUGACGGAGAACGCCGAGGUCAAGCUGGUGGAUUUUGGGGUGAGUGCCCAGCUGGACCGAACUGUGGGCAGGCGGAACACUUUCAUCGGAACCCCCUACUGGAUGGCCCCGGAGGUCAUCGCCUGUGACGAGAACCCUGAUGCCACCUACGAUUACAGGAGUGACAUCUGGUCUCUAGGAAUCACAGCCAUCGAGAUGGCAGAGGGAGCCCCCCCUCUGUGUGACAUGCACCCCAUGCGAGCCCUCUUCCUCAUCCCACGGAACCCACCCCCCAGACUCAAGUCCAAGAAAUGGUCUAAGAAGUUCAUCGACUUCAUCGACACGUGUCUCAUCAAAACCUACCUGAGCCGCCCACCCACGGAACAGCUGCUCAAGUUCCCCUUCAUCCGUGACCAGCCCACAGAGCGCCAGGUCCGCAUCCAGCUCAAGGACCACAUCGACCGCUCCCGCAAGAAGCGAGGCGAGAAGGAGGAGACGGAGUAUGAGUACAGUGGCAGCGAGGAGGAAGACGACAGCCAUGGAGAGGAGGGGGAGCCGAGCUCCAUCAUGAACGUGCCCGGGGAGUCCACCCUGCGCCGGGAGUUUCUCCGGCUCCAGCAGGAGAAUAAGAGCAACUCGGAGGCUCUGAAGCAGCAGCAGCAGCAGCAGCAGCAGCAGCAGCAGCAGCGGGACCCCGAGGCGCACAUCAAGCAUCUCCUGCACCAGCGCCAGCGGCGCAUCGAGGAGCAGAAGGAGGAGCGGCGGCGCGUGGAGGAGCAACAGCGGCGGGAGCGGGAGCAGCGGAAGCUGCAGGAGAAGGAGGAGCGGCGGCUGGAGGACAUGCAGGCGCUGCGGCGGGAGGAGGAGCGGCGGCAGGCGGAGCGCGAGCAGGAAUAUAUUCGUCACAGGCUAGAGGAGGAGCAGCGACAGCUCGAGAUCCUCCAGCAACAGCUGCUCCAGGAACAGGCCCUGCUGCUGGAGUACAAGCGGAAGCAGCUGGAGGAGCAGCGGCAGUCCGAGCGCCUGCAGAGGCAGCUGCAGCAGGAGCACGCCUACCUCAAGUCCCUGCAGCAGCAGCAGCAGCAGCAGCAGCUGCAGAAGCAGCAGCAGCAGCAGGCCCCGCCCACAGACCGGAAGCCGCUGUAUCACUACGGCCGGGGCGUCGGUCCCGCGGACAAGCCCGCCUGGGCGCGCGAGGUGGAAGAGAGAACGAGGAUGAAUAAGCAGCAGAACUCUCCCCUGGCCAAAACCAAGCCCGGCGGCGCAGGGCCUGAGACCCCCGUCCCCCAGGCCUCCCCCGGGCCCGCGGGCCCCCUUUCCCAAACUCCUCCUAUGCAGAGGCCGGUGGAGCCCCAGGAGGGACCGCACAAGAGCCUGGUGGCACACCGGGUCCCACUGAAGCCAUAUGCAGCGCCCGUACCCCGAUCCCAGUCCCUGCAGGACCAGCCCACCCGAAACCUGGCUGCCUUCCCGGCCUCCCACGAGCCCGACCCUGCCGUCCCCACACCCACUGCCGCGCCCGGCACCCGAGGAGCGGUCAUCCGCCAGAAUUCAGAUCCCACCUCGGAAGGGCCUGGCCCCAGCCCGAACCCCCCAUCCUGGGUCCGGCCGGACACUGAGACCCCACCCAAGGUGCCUCAGAGGACCUCGUCCAUCGCCACUGCCCUUAACACCAGUGGGGCCGGAGGGGCCCGGCCGGCUCAGGCCGUCCGUGCCAGCGCCCCCGCCCCGCCCCCGGCACCCCUGUGCUCCCUCCACAGACCUCGCAGCAACUCCGCCUGGCAAAUCUAUCUGCAAAGGCGGGCCGAGCGGGGCUCCCCCAAGCCUCCGGGGCCCCCCGCUCAGCCCCCUGGUCCGCCCAACGCCUGUAGUAACCCCGACCUCAGGAGGAGCGACCCUGGCUGGGAACGCCCGGAAGGUGCCCUCCCCUCGCACGGGCGCCUGCCCCAGGCUGGCUCGCUGGAGCGGAACCGCGUGGGAGCCUCCUCCAAGCUAGAUAGCUCCCCAGUGCUCUCCCCUGGGAACAAAGCCAAGCCUGAUGACCACCGCUCCCGGCCGGGCCGGCCCGCAAGCUAUAAGCGUGCCAUCGGCGAGGACUUCGUGCUCCUGAAGGAGCGGGCCCUGGACGAGGCCCCGCGGCCUCCCAAGAAGGCCAUGGACUACUCGUCUUCCAGCGAGGAGGUGGAAAGCAGCGAGGACGAGGAAGAGAGCAAUGGCGAGCCAUCAGAGGGGAGCAGAGAUACCCCUGGGGCCCGCGACGGAGACACGGACAGCGUCAGCACCAUGGUGGUCCAUGACGUGGAGGAGAUCGCGGGGACCCAGACCCCCUAUGGGGGCGGCACCAUGGUGGUCCAGCGCACUCCUGAGGAGGAGCACAGCCUGCUGCACGCGGACAGCAACGGCUACACAAACCUGCCCGAUGUGGUCCAGCCCAGCCACUCGCCCACCGAGAGCGGCAAAGGUCAAAGCCCCCCAUCCAAGGAGGGAGGCAGCGACUACCAGUCUCGUGGGCUGGUAAAGGCCCCUGGCAAGAGCUCGUUCACGAUGUUUGUGGACCUAGGGAUCUACCAGCCCGGAGGCAGCGGGGAUACCAUCCCCAUCACAGCCCUGGUCGGGGGAGAGGGCGGUCGGCUUGAUCAGCUCCAGUACGACGUGCGGAAAGGCUCCGUGGUCAACGUGAACCCCACCAACACCCGGGCCCACAGCGAGACCCCCGAGAUCCGGAAAUACAAGAAGCGAUUCAAUUCCGAGAUCCUCUGUGCGGCCCUUUGGGGCGUCAACCUGCUGGUGGGCACCGAGAACGGUCUGAUGCUGCUGGACCGAAGCGGGCAGGGCAAGGUGUACGGGCUCAUCGGGCGGCGGCGCUUCCAGCAAAUGGACGUGCUAGAGGGGCUCAACCUGCUCAUCACCAUCUCAGGGAAAAGGAACAAACUGCGGGUGUAUUACCUGUCCUGGCUCCGGAACAAGAUCCUGCACAACGAUCCGGAAGUGGAGAAGAAGCAGGGCUGGACCACUGUGGGCGACAUGGAGGGCUGCGGGCACUACCGCGUGGUGAAGUACGAGCGCAUUAAGUUCCUGGUCAUCGCCCUGAAGAGCUCCGUGGAGGUGUAUGCCUGGGCCCCCAAGCCCUACCACAAGUUCAUGGCCUUCAAGUCCUUCGCCGACCUCCCUCACCGCCCUCUGCUGGUCGACCUGACCGUGGAGGAGGGUCAGCGGCUCAAGGUCAUCUACGGCUCCAGUGCCGGUUUCCACGCUGUGGAUGUCGACUCGGGGAACAGCUACGACAUCUACAUCCCCGUGCAUAUCCAGAGCCAGAUCACGCCCCACGCCAUCAUCUUCCUCCCCAACACGGACGGCAUGGAGAUGCUCCUGUGCUACGAGGACGAGGGCGUGUACGUGAACACGUACGGGCGCAUCAUCAAGGACGUGGUGCUGCAGUGGGGAGAGAUGCCCACCUCUGUGGCCUACAUCUGCUCCAACCAGAUCAUGGGCUGGGGCGAGAAAGCCAUUGAGAUCCGCUCCGUGGAGACGGGCCACCUGGACGGCGUCUUCAUGCACAAACGAGCCCAGAGGCUUAAGUUCCUGUGUGAGCGGAACGACAAGGUGUUCUUUGCCUCUGUCCGCUCCGGGGGCAGCAGCCAGGUUUACUUCAUGACCCUGAAUCGGAACUGCAUCAUGAACUGGUGACGGGGCCCGGGCUGGGGCUGCCCCAGUGGACCCAGCUCUCCCCACUACAGCCAGACUCCCCAGGCCUCCCUUCUUUCCCCUCCCUGGGCUUUUGCUUUUUACUGGUUUGAUUCACUGGAGCCUGCUGGGAACGUGACCUCUGACCCCUGAUGCUUUUGUGAUCACGUGACCAUCCUCUUUCCCCGAUAGGUUCUCCCCCAAAACCUGUGCCUGUCCCAGCUUCUGGGGAGAGGCACAGCUUCCCCUCACCAGGAAUUGAGUGGGCCUAGCCCCACCCCCCUUUUCUCCAUUUCAGAGGAGAGUGCUGGGGUGGGGGGGGAGCUCAGGCCCGGUCCCCCACUGCUGCUGACUGGGCAGGGCCCUGGGCCCCUUCAUUUGCACGUCAGGGGAGCCGGCUCCCCCCUUGAAUGUACCAGACCCUGGGGGGGGUCGCUGGGCCCUAGGUUUUGGGGGGGGGGUCACCAGCCACUCCAGGGGCAGGGACCAUUUCCUCAUUUUCUGAAAGCACUUUAAUGAUUCCCCUCCCCCCAAACCCCAGGGAAUGGAGGGGGGACCCCGCCAGCCAAAACAUUUCCCCCUUCCCGACCCCAUUUCUUUCUAGCCUCUGUCCUUCCCUGGUGGCGGGAGGGAGCAGGGAGCUCUCACCCCCUCUGCACCCCCUUGCUUGCCUCUGUAUAUAGUGUGAGCAGCAAGUAGCCCCGCCCCCCCUCAAUGUAGUGGCCUUGGAUAUUCCGUUUGUUAAUAAAGACAAUUCAACCAGC